AUGCCAUUCUCUGCCUUCAGUGGUGGUUGGAACUCCAAAUUUAGGAUGCAACUCAACUCAAACUAUAGCAAGUCAAGCUUAAACGUUUCAGCAGCGCCUGAGAGCGUAAGCUCUUCGGUCUAUCACGAUGGACUCUCGCGGGCCCAGGGCACAGCGAGCGAGCUUAACAUUGACCAGCCGCCCAGAAUACGGCGUUCCAGGUCUAAAAUAUCACAACCAGGAACAGGUCGUGCAAAUAUGAAGUCACUAUCGAAUGGAUCAGCGGAGUCGUUCCAUACCGCCAGCGUGAGAUCCAGUGCUUCUAGAAGAUCUCAUAUUGAAGAUACGACCCGAGCUAUACCAGUACCAGGUAGUGAAGAUACUGCCAAAGCAUUCGCCGAGCGAGCAUGGCAAGAAGACCCCAGUUUUGUUGAGCGAGAGAAGUUGGUUGAAUGGCUUGGAUCUCCGUCUGAGAUUAGGUAUCAAGCAUUGGCCUAUUACAUUGCCCAUUUUGAGUUUGGUGGAUCUGAUAUUGACGAUGCCAUACGGCAACUGUGUAACAAACUAUAUAUGAAGGGAGAAACUGAGCAAAUAAACCGAGUGUUGGAGGCUUUUAGUAAGCAUUACGUGACUCAAAAUGCUGCUUCUAUCUGGCGGAUAGCAGAUGUUGUACAUGUGGUGUCUUUUGCGAUCAUCCUCCUCAAUACGGACCUUCAAGUGGCCGAGCUCAACUCGCACAUCACAAGCUCUCGAUUUGUUGAGAAUACGAUUGAAGCUGUCCGCGGAGAACUUCACUUCCCUACUUCACCAUCCGGCAAGCGUGAAUCACCAGUUUCCGUGAACAUCGAUCGACGCCCUUCCAGCCGAGGCAGUCGAACCAGUAGGGAUAGCUGGGUAGUAACACAGCCAUCAGAUGCAGGAGAGGCCCAAUUCGACGAACGAUGGUUUAUAGACAUUUCGCGCGAGUUAUCGGCCAUCCACAAUCGUAUACAAGCGAAGCCCAUUCUUCAAACUAGCAGAUACAAAGAUCCCACCGCUUCUCCUCGAUCAAGAUCCAAGUCUCGGGCUAGUUUUUUAUCAACCUUUGGACGCCGAGCAUCUUCAUCCAUGCCUUCACUUCCUCAAUUCCUAGGCAUCACCUCCAACCAAUUACCCCAGUCACCUGCAAGUAACGACCCGAGCAAGUUGGCUGAUUCUCGUUGGGAAAAGUCUGGACCUCUGUUAUGGAAGUCAAUGAAACCAACCGCGGGAAGGAACGCGAAGUCAAAAAGAUGGCGGAGUGUUAUAGCCACUGUACGAAAUAGUAUUUUCGACAUGGGCGGCCCAGCGUCACCUGGGAACAGCGGUGCAGCUGGUCGUCGACUCGGAGCCCUUUCGCUUCUACAUACUCUUGCUAUCGAAGUUCCCGCUCCUAAAGGUACAAAAGUCCGAAGCUUUGGGCUUACCCUUGCAUCUGGGGAGACACACGUCUUUGAAAUCCAAGCCUCUGGAGGGGUAUUCAGCAAGUCCAAGUCCAAGGGUGGAGCAGAUCCCGAUGCGGAGGUUUCAGCAUGGGUGCAUGCCUGCAACUAUCAUGCGGCACGUUAUAGCCGUGCCCCAUUGCUUGAAGUUGUUACGAAUGUCGAGUACGGAUGGAAUAGAGUUGCCGAGGUUGACGAUGACCAAGAUAGCAUCAACGGUCAUGUCCGGAACGUGCUGAUUGAGGAUUGGGUCCCGCCCAACUCGCCGGCGACGGAAGCGCAAACAGAUGUUGAAACCCAACUUGAAGUAUGGAACAAACAAGUUGAUAUAUGCAACCUUAAGUUUGCUGAACACGGUGAAUUAAGAGGAAAGAUGAUGGGUUUGUACCGUCCAGGUAGCGUGGAUGCACAAAAGGCGCUGAGCAACUGGGAGAAGAAAGCCCAAUAUCUUCUCACAGAGAUAGUAAAAUACGAAGCCUAUGCUGAAGUCCUACGACAUUGUUUGUCCCGGGGGUAUUCGAUCAAUAAUUCUAGUUCAUGCUACAACAACGCCUCCGGCUCUGUUCACAUUGAUCCAGUGAUUAAACCGCCCUAUGAUGUCUCAGUGGUCCCAGAUGCAGAAUUGACUUAUCCUUCAUCGCCCACCAGAUAUGAAACUUCGGCUCGCCAGUCGUUGAUAAGAGAUAUUACCGUGGAGAACCCUUCGCACGAAGCUCUCUAUGACAAUCUUCCUCGCUCGGAUCAUGAUGAAUCCCGAUGCUCGAAUGAAAUUAAGGAUGAUCAACAGUCAUACUCACCACAAUAUAUGGCAUUCACGAUGUACGAAUGCCUAAUGCAACACGGUUGUCCUGACUUGACGUCGUUGAUCGAUCCUCUUGGGUUCUCAUCGUCUGCGGUUGCCGAGGGAGGAUUCGGAGACGUAUGGACUGGAAAAUACCACGAUAACAACACGAAGUUAGCCAUCAAGGUGCUGAGAUUCACUUUGUCAACGGGAGAUAUUGCGAAAAAGGAGCGCACUGCACGCGAAAUCUAUAGUUGGUCCAAGCUCGAUCACGAAAAUGUGAAUAAAUUGUUAGGGAUAACAAUCUUCCGAGACAGACUGGGGAUGGUAUCAGAAUGGAUGGAAAAUGGCAACUUGAGACAGUAUAUCAGGCGAAACAAUGAUGUGAACCGUCAUGAACUGUGUAUCCAAAUCGCAAGAGGUGUCUCGUAUUUACACGGUCUGAACAUGGUUCAUGGAGAUUUAAAAGGGUGUAACAUACUUGUAUCAUCCACCGGUGUCGCUAAAAUUACUGAUUUCGACUACUCGAUUUUUCCUGAAUGCAGUCUUGCGUUUUCUGCAACAACCCGUAUGGGCGGAGGAACACUCCGGUGGAUGGCUCCAGAACUUAUUAUCAAUGAGCACCCUCCCCAAAGAAAUACGAAGACUGAUAUAUACGCACUUGGAAUGACCUUUCUUGUGAGUUUGGACCUGGCGUGCACCAUGUUGUAUAGUGAAACGUCACAGGAAACCAUAACCGGUUCUCAUCCAUACUCCGAGUAUGGUGAUCACCAGCUUUAUUUUAAACUUGCGAACAAAGAGCAUCCAAAACGUUCAAAAGAACACUUCCCAGAAACAGACAAGGGCGGUAGGAUGUGGAGUAUCUUGCUCCAAUGUUGGGAUUUUGAUCCAACAUUACGACCUACAGCAGAUCAAAUCCUCGCAUCGGCGACGCUAUCUCCACAGCAAGCGACUGGGGAUUCAUCCUUUCGCACGGGCUCUGUAGACUCUCCUCGCCCUCUUCGAAAUGGCAACUCACCAUCACCUUCCCCGCUUCGUACAACUGGUCAGCCAAAAGUGAUAUUGACGUCUGAAACGUCCGAUUCAGCGACAACGCCAGCCAGCCCAGGCUCAUUGCAUCGCCAGUCGUCCAUCGGUACAAGUAUGGAGGACUUCCCGCGUAAAGCUAGUCUUCCGGAUGCUCAACGGCAGUUGUUCGCAGACCAACUCUCCCAAUCGAAAGAAAACGGAGGAUCGGUCCCUGAGGAUAUGCAAACACCCCGCGCGGGAGGGUCUCCACCGCGCGAGGCGCCAGAACACACUUCGACGCCCAAAGCAAACGGCUUAAAAUCAUCCCCUUCGUCUGACUUGAAGAACAAGCCUCAACCACCACAGCCUCUUUUGGACUCGCCCGUAAUCCGCAAGCAGCCAUCCGCAUCAAGCUUGACUGCUCCACAACAAACCUCGCGGUCCAGGCGAGGAUCAGCUGCAUCUGUAUCAUCUGACGUACCUCAAAUGGCUACAUUCAAUCCACCUAUCAAUCCACCUCUGGUUGAAUCUCCUACUUCUGAAAAACAACCAUUGUACGCAUCUCCUCGAAGCAGCAUCGACGGCCCUCGUUCCCCCACACGCUCCGUUGGAAAACCGAAAAAGAGCAAGACAGGAUGGGGCCCAAAGCGUGGAGGCUCAGGCGGUGCAGGUGGAAUAGCAGGCGCGCUUGCCCAGAGUGGAAUGAGCCUGGUUCAACCCAUGAAUCAGUCCCUUAUCGCUCCUCCCAUGCCUACCAUUGCCAAACAGCCCACUCGUGCCGCAACAGCCAUUUCCUCGAUUCUCCCUCGUUCUCCAUCAGAACUAUCUUUUACGGGCGGUGCUACCCUCUCCAAGACCACAAGUCGCGCAUCAAAAGGUUCCAAGAGUCGAGUGGGAGGCGAGUCCAGCGAGUCUGAUGGCUAUGAUUCCGAGGACGCGUUGAGCUUCAGUCCUGGCGAGAUUCCCAUUACUGGUUUUGCAGUCGCAAGUUCAAAACGAAACGCAGACUUCCACGACUUGUUUCCCGAUGUCCCUGAGAGUGAUUACUUGAUCGAGGACUAUGGGUGUGCGCUACAGAGAGAAAUUCUCAUCCAGGGGAGGAUAUAUAUAAGUGAGAACCACAUGUGCUUCAACGCCAACAUCUUCGGAUGGGUCACCAACUUUGCCAUCCCAUUCCAUGAAGUCACUGGGCUCGAAAAGAAAAUGACCGCCUAUGUCAUUCCAAAUGCAAUCCAAAUCUGCACCCGUUCUACAAAGUAUACGUUCGCGUCUUUCCUCUCUCGCGACACCACAUACGAUGUCAUGCAUAACAUCUGGCGUUUGUCUCGCCCUGCCGGAUCGGAGUCCGUCUCCAACGAGGGCGCUACUGAUGCGGGAGUAGAGGCUGGCGGAGGAUCGGGCCCGGGCUCAAGCUCUGCACAUAAACCGACCCAAUGCGCAUGCGAAAAGGAAGGAAAGCACUUUGAGACCAAGGUGAUGGACAUUGUUCUUCCUGGUACGCCUGAGAAGAUAUACAACCUCAUGUUUGCGAGCGGGUUCCUCAAGGACUUUAUGGCGGGCGAGCAAAAGUUGAUGGAAAUCCAGAUAUCCGACUGGCAUCCCGAGCAAUCCGGUUCGCAGCUCCUUACCCGGAACAUGACGUACAUCAAGCCUCUCAACGGCUCGAUCGGUCCAAAACAGACCAAGUGCGAACUCAAGGACGAGACCCUGCACGUCGACUUUGACGACUACGUGUCGACACUUACCACCACCCGUACACCGGACGUUCCGAGCGGGAACGUGUUCUCUGUCAAAACACGGACAUGUAUCAUGUGGGCUGGUGCAGCUGCCAGCCGCCUGGUUGUGACAACUACUGUGGAGUGGACGGGAAGGAGUUUCAUUCGGUCGAUUAUUGACAAGUCUGCCACUGAUGGCCAAAAACAAUACCAUGUUGACCUCGAAAAGGCCAUGCGCUCGUACAUCGCUGCGCACAGGACCGAAUUCGUCCCCGACGACGUGGCCGAAGAUCCAGAAGCCCUGGCUGCAGCAGAUACCACCAUCUCCGCCGAGACCUCGCAGCCUACUCAAACCAAAGCUGACCGUGCACGUGAAACCGAGCUACGAGGCUUACAAUGGCUGCUGGACACGUUUACCGGUGCUGCGGACGUGGCCAAGAACUCGUUCUGGGGCGGAGUGGAUCUGAUUGGCGAUUUGACUGCCGACUUGCCGGGGACGACGUUGUUGGGUGUUCUCGUCGCGGUUUUGCUCAUCAGCAACAUCUGGACGUUCUUCAGCCUGAGGGAAGCGAGAGCCCGGGUCGAUUUGAAUUUGAACCGGAUCGAAAGGACCCAGGGUGAUGCGACCACAACAGAGGCGAUGAAGGUGUUGCUGGAAGAAGUCGUCCGAGGUCGCAGGCAGCAAGAGAUGGUCCUUGCGCCUGUCGAGAGUGACCCGAUGGCCGAGAUUGCUGCGUUGACAAAGAGUCUAGAAGCGAUUCAGGCCAGGGUCAACAAGUUGAAGCAAUCGUGCGUCGAGCUAGAUUAG